CUUGAAAGUUCGGAGUCGAAAAAACAUGUUGCUCUCCUCCACCUCUCCACCUCGCUCUCCGCCACGAUCGCCGCGUGACGAGGUCACUCGCUGUAGUUCACGGAGGAGUGUCAGAUUUAGCGACAGAGAGACACAUCCUGGAGACAGGAUCGGGGAAGAUGACGUAGCAAGUGGGAAAAUAGGUAGUGUUAUUGAUCGGCCUGGAUUAUCCAGGGCUUCAUCUUCUGAAGGACUAGGUAAAAUCAAGACGACCACUUCUAUGAAUAAAGCUGGCCCAAGAACGCCCACGCCAAAGCAUACAUUUCCAGCUGUGCCGUCAGCAAGAAAAAGCGUCGACCUACCACAACAACGGGCACCACUCCUGUGGUCUCAAGCAGUAGAGCAGCCUGGUGCUCAUCUUCAAGAACGUCCGAAUCCGAAAACAUCAUCACCAAACGACCGUCUUCAAAAUGUUGCACCACCUCCACCUAGUAGUCCACCUGCAGCUCGUCCCAGGACCCCUCCGGAUGCACGACAACAUUUUCCGAUGUCAGAUUUGCUUCGUCCAGGCUUGCAUGCGUUGGUACGAGACCCCACUGCAAUCCAACCUCCUCCAACAGUGCCUCCUUUGAAAAUUCCUCCUGGCUUUUUCCCAACUCUACUCCAAGAAGCGGAUGAAGUACUGCGACGUGGUCCUUCGGGGGGAUGUGGAGGGGGAGGGGUUGGAAGUGGUCUUGGUGGUUUUGCAGGUUCAGCAUCCAGUUCAGCAUCAUCAGUACUAGGUCACAAUGAAAUAGAUCAACAUGACCAACAGUCUUCUUCGCGUCGUCUUGUAUCACUGGUACCGCGUCCAUCGACGGUACCAAAUAAUCGAGGGUCAUCUGGCUCGAGUGGUAAAGCUAAGAAAAAGUCGAAACUCAAUUUCCUGUUCGGAACAACGCCGUUGGCUUCUGACAGGAGAAAGAGCAAUGGGAAUGGGGACGGCGAAAUGAGCAGUAGUGUGAAAGAAAAAGCAGAUGUUCUUGAAGUAUCGGGUGCUGAUGACCAUGACGAAGUUAGCCCAGAUCAUAAUCAUCAGGUUGCUGGAGGUAUUAAUCGACCGAGCACAUGUCCUGCCGAAUUCGUUCCUGCACCAAAUGCGUUGUAUACAGCAGGCGACAUCACUACAGCAAAAAUAACUGGACUAAGCAAAAGCACAACCACAUCACGACCAGCGACCCUUCUCAAGAGGCGACAACGGAAAGAAGCAAGAGAGCAGAUGGGAUUUGUCUUGCAGGAGUGUAGAGAAAAACUAGCGCAACAUGAAGAACUCCAUAGAAUGCAUCUCCGCCAGAAACUGGAACGAAAACGCUUAGAAGGUAUCGGCAAAUUGAAUCAGUUCCAGGCUUAUCGCCGCGAUCUAUUGCACAGUCGCGAACGAGAUAGACGGUGUAGAAGUACUCAUCGUCUUUCAACAACAACAUCUGGUGGAGGGAAAGCUAGUUGUAACAACUCAUCUUCUUCGCAAGAUGCAGCGGAGCCCGCACCCCAGCCGCAGCUGUUGAACUACACAACUACAUCGAGAAGUUCAACAUCUCACAGCACACGUCGUCCAGCUUCCCAUGACACGAGGAUAGAGCAAUUGAAGCACGAAGCUGGGCGAACCAAGAGGAAAGUACGAGAACGAAGUCGCGACGAUCUUUUCCAUGAUCGCAUUUCCUUUAGCAGCUACAAUUGGGCACUCACUUCAGCACAGCUUUUGCACAAACGGAAACUGGAGCAAGAGCAGCAGAAGAAAGCUACAGCCUCAUCACAAGGUGCACAUCAACAUCAUGCAUUAGGGAGAGCCUUUUCGAAAAUACACACGCAAGAAAACGAACGCAUGCUUGCUGGUAGUACGAUAUUAGCAGAACGGUGGAGCCCGAGAAUGCAGGGAGAGUUGCGAUUUCUCCAGAAGGCAGUGAAACAAAGUCACAAAAGCUUCAAAGGAGCACUGGGUGUGCUGGGAGGGAUGAUUGAUCAAGGUUUCUUUUGGAUCAUUUGGUUUAGUUUCCAUCUCCUCAUAAUGAGGACCGUGAUGAAGUCGGUAGUUUACGCAAGGAAGACUGAAGCCUGCUACAUCAGAAGUAAGUGGUUUCAAACGCUUGAAUACUGUAGUUUUUAGGUAAAUGCCGACGUGUUGUAAAUUGUAAUUUCUUGUAUCAUCUACUUAUCAACUACAUACCACCAGCACAAGAACUGUAUCUUCACCGCCUACAACUCCUCCAACAGGUAAGUCCUUAAAGAAAGUCCGGAUGUCAUUGGUUCAGAAGCUGGGAGCAGCUGAUGAGCGACAACAAGAUAGGAAACCAGACAACAUUUUUGGCUUUGGAGUAGUUAAGGGUUAACCAAUUACAUCCCCCACAACCAUUCCCCACUCUUUUUCCAGUAGGAAAGAGGUGAGGGAUGUUCUGAAGAAUGUAAUUCUGCAACCUUUAAAGUAGGGACAUUCUCUUCAUCUACCUCUGGUGGUGGAGGCGGAGGCGGAGCGGGAACAGGUGGAGCUGUAACGAAGACUCUCUCCACAAGACAGAGAGAAUUAACCUCUUUGACGGAUAAGUUGACCGCUAAAUUGGAUCAUCAUUUCCGAAGGGAGAUGGAAAUGGAGGAAAGCAGCGAUGCGUCAAGUGAUGCGAGCGAUCAUCAUGAUCAACAUCAUGUGGUCGUGGGGAAGAAAGUUAUGGCAUAAGCAUAAGCUUAAGGUGGUUGUACUUAUCUUCUUGAUGUUGUUGUACUCACAAACUCAUUUGAUAUAACAACAUCUUUAUCUCAAACUCAACAUUUGAACUUCUGCUUUUCUUGUUGAGGCACGUGAAUCAAAGGCGCUUCUCUAACAACCGCGCUAACCAUGGAGCGUCAGGGGGAACAGGCAAUUCCAACAGUGCCAUUGUCCACCGGAAAUCCUCGAUGUUGCAAAACUUUGCUGAGAAUUUUCGCAAGAUGCAGAAGCCGAGAGAUGUCUUUACGAAGAUCAGGGCAGUGGCGGCGACAGCAAGGAAGACAGUGUCGCCUGGAGGGACGGCGACGGAACAAGCAGCGAGUCCCUAGAAGUAGAGAUAGUCUUUUUUGAUGUUCAGAUGCUUGUUGCCGGGUCUAUUUUCCAUUCUUCAAGAACAACAUCCUAGUCUUAGCACGAACGAAGAAAACCAAGUGUGACCCUCAAACGUUUCAGAUAAGUACAUCUGAACAUAAACUGCAAUAUAUCAAUGAACAACUACAACUAGUAGAAAAUAUCGUGAUCAACAACAACUCCAUCUUUAUACUCCUGCACAGUAGAAAACGACGACUAAGUAAAGAGUCACUAGAUGUUGCUGUAGCAGUUUUAUUACCUGCUGUAGAAAGUUAGAUUUGUUUCGUUCUUGUUUGCUUCGAAUCUCUAUUUCGUGCCAAUGAACUUGAAUCCAUAGAUACGUAAAUGCAUCUUCAGGAGCUCCAGGAGCAUCGAUUCUCUAAAAAUAUGAAUAUUUCCGUUUGGAUUUGCGUCCACCUGCUGCUCAUUAAAUCAAGUAACUGCACAAUUUCAAUUUGGUCUCGUCCAAUA